AGACAGGAGGUACACCAGAGUGGAUUCAGUUUGAGUUUUCUGUUUAUUUAGAGGUGAUAAGAAGUUGCCAAAUAGUGUUGUGUGGUAAUGUAUAAAUAGGGAUGAACAUGGUCCUAGUCUCUGUCUCAAGUUGGACUGGGUUUGCACCAGUCAUGUCUCUCACUAAAGAAACAGUGUUUCUUCUGGUUGCCGUUUGUUCUUUAAUGUCAGCCCCUGUACUAACAGGGCCCAUCGCGGACUCCUCGUAUGUUGCUGCUGUGUACGAGCACAAGGUAAUCGUCCCUCCUGUCUCUAAUGUGUCCCGGUCCGAAGCCUUGCAGCACAUUCAGAAGAACCUGGAUAUCUACGAGCAGCAGGCUGCAGAGGCUGCAAAGCAGGGUGUCCAGAUCCUGGUGUUUCCAGAAUAUGGUCUGAGUGGUUUCUACUUCGACCGUUCGUCCGUCUCUAGCUACCUAGAAACCAUUCCUGACCCCCAGCAGGAGAGCUGGAACCCCUGCUUGGAGCCGGGCAAAUACAGCAACACAGAGGUUCUCCAGAGGUUGAGCUGUAUGGCCCGCAGCAACAACCUCUACCUGGUGGCCAACAUGGGUGACAUGCAGCCCUGCCCCCUGAAGACCGACCCCACCUCCUCCUGUCCUGCUGAUGGACGCUGGAAGUUCAACACCAACGUGGUUUUCAAGUCAGACGGCCAGCUGUUGGUGCGCUACCACAAAUACAACCUCUACAUGGAGCCGUACUUUGACGUUCCACCUCAACCUGAGAUCAUAACGUUUGAUACACCUUUUGCUGGAAAGUUUGGCAUCAUGAUCUGCUUUGACAUGAUGUUCCACAAGCCCACAGGCGUCCUGCUGGACAAGGGUGUGCGUCAGCUGGUCUACCCCACAGCCUGGGUAAAUUUCCCCCCCGUACUGGACUCAGUCCAGUUCCACCGAGGAUUCAGCUUGGGUGCCAAUGUCACCGUCCUUUCGGCCAACCUUCGUUUCGACAAAGAACACAUAGGAGGAAGUGGUAUCUACACCCCUUUUUCUUCCACCUACCACCACGCCACGGAAGGAGACCCAGAGGAGGGCAAGCUCCUGGUGGCCAGGGUGCCAGUCUUAGACCCAAUGUGGAGGGGGGAGAGCACGGCCACAGAGGAGUCCACAUCACCUACAGCUGCAACUUCUGCCUGUCAGCAUACUCCCGACCCUAAUCCUGAAAUUGCUUCUUCAGUCCCUCCCUCCUCCGACACCUUUGUCGUAUCCAUGAUUGAUGACCCAUAUACAUUUGUCCUCUUGAACAAGACAGAGGACGACUUGAAGGUCUGCAAUGGCACCUUUUGCUGUCACCUGCAGUACAAGAGGUCACCACAAGCAGGCAGCGAAGAGCUCUAUGCAUUGGCAGCAUUUUCUGGAACACAUACUAUUGUCAGAUCCUUAAACCUACAGGUGUGCGCUCUGGUCCGCUGUGCAGGGUCUGACUUCACUUCCUGUGGACAGCCAGUGGUAAAGGCCGAGUCUAAGAUCGACUUCACAUUGGAGGGGAAGUUUGCAACCAAACGUGUGUACCCGUCAGUUGUGGCCAGCAAGAACGUCGUGGAGGAGCCACAGCAUCUGGAAAUGGCUGCAGAUGGCAGAGUGACCAUGAAACACUCAAACAUGAGCGGUGGGCUGAUCAGUGCCUGCCUGUUCGGACGACCCUAUCAGAUGGACGAGGAAUGCGCUGAGGAAUAGUUGUGUGUGUGUCUGUGUGUGUGUGUGUUAGAUUCAGCUGUUACACAUUUGUAUGCUUUCACACAAAACUGCAGUAAAUCAAAAAAGCUAAAUGUCUCUGUUCAUUCAUUAUUUAAUCUGUAUAAACAUUGGCAGCGUUCAUCCUCUGGCCCGAAAGCCUCACCGUCCUGAAAGAUAAAUUACAGAUGUGCAAGACAACAUAUAAAUGCACAUCUGUAAUUUACCCACACUUGGGUUCGUGAGGCUUUCUUGAUUUUAAGGGGGUGUAAGAAAACUGUAUAAAUAUACACACACUAGGCCUUUAUCUCAGGAUUUUCUUCAUUUCUGUGAAGAAAACUUAUUUUUUUAAAUCUAGAUUAUUAUUUACGAUUAAACUUUGAACACAAGCUUUAUUCUCAGAGCCUUCACUCUCGGAUAAACAACCUCCUCAUCCUGCAUUAGAAACAUUAAAGAAAAGAGCUAAUAGAUCAAUGACCAAGCGCCAGAGAGAAUAAAACACUGAAUUUGUCCCAAAAAAGAAGCAUAUAAUUAUGUAGGGUUGGUAAAAAGUGUUAAAAAAUACAUAAUACAGACAGAGAAUUGUAUAAAAAGUCACUAAAACUCAUGUCUGAUGCAAUAUUCACAAGAAAUAAUCUGUUUAAAAUGAAUCUAAAUCUCUCUUCUUACACAAACUUCCUCCAGUUAUUGUGUUUAUUUGGGUUGUCAGCUGUUCUCCAAUAUCCAUAACAUAAAGCACAGUGAGGAGGAGUCAGUUCGCACAACUGCUGCUUAAGUGUCAUAUAUUCAAACUGUUCAAUGGACCCAAAUAAUGAACUCAGUGACUGAGAGAAGUUUGUGUAAAACGAGUGAUUUGGAUUCAUUGUGAGCAGAUUAUUUACCGUUUCCAGAGCUUUUUAUUCAGCUCUCUGUCUGUAUUGUGUAUUUGAAACAAUCAUGAAGCUUUGGCGGCCCCCUAAUGUGGCUCCACUGUCUCCGUGUUGGUCCUUGCUCCUCUCCUCCAGGUGGAGUCGCUGUAGCACCGACAGACAGAACCGGUUUGUGGAGGUUCUGAAUGGGACCCAGAAGCUCCAGAAGCAGCGGUACCAUAUAAAGAGGUCGUUGUGGAGGCAGCGUGUGUGUUGUGCAGCAGUUUGUUGAACAGUAGAAAGAGUGUAAAAAGACUGGGUCCCGCUGUAUUACUCAGGCUGCACUACAGCGUCUAUUCACAGGCGCGAUCCCAACUACUGAGCGGCACGGGGGCUUUGACCUGCUCCGUUUCCGACCUGGGCCGGUGCACCCCUCCUUAGACGACCUGGUGGUCCCGGCUCCCCCCAGGAGCACCAUAUCGAUACCGACCUUAGUGCGGACACCCGAUCGGCACAGUCCGCUGGCAGCUCAGAGCUCCUGAGCUCAAACGAUCCGCCAGCCUCAGCCUCCCGGUAGCUUGGAU